AUGCCGAGCUCAGCCUGCAUCCCGUCACCCAGCGUACACUCUGCCGCCGCCGCCGCCGCCGCCACCACCACCACCAUCACCACCACCACCACCACCACCACCACCACCACCACCACCACCACAGAAACCGACUCUGACACUCCUGAUCAGUUCUGUCUACACUGUCCCUGUGCAUUCACCCCACAAAUCGGCCUGGUCAGUCGCUUGCGAAUCCAUCGCACAGAGACGGGCGAACCAGUGCCUGGGGCACUAACAAACACUCGCCGUAUCCGCCUCAUCAGCCUUCACUGCCCCUGCACAUUCAGCCGCCACCUACUAGGUCGCAUGCGCAUUCACGAAAACCUGCUGUAG